CGUCGCAAACGGGCGGAAAACGACGACAAGGCGACGGCUGAAAUAAACCACGAAACCGGGAGUUAUUUUCUACCGAAGCAGGGCAGAACAGUUAGCUACAUGAGUUCAUGGACUGCCUGUUGAUCAAUGGUUAUGGUAUUUGUAAGGCUGGUGUAGGUUUUCCCGGGUCGCUCAGCUCAAAGAUGGACGACAAAGCGGCGAGGGAAGAUGCCUGCCGAGAGUAUCAGUCCUCGCUGGAAGACCUGACGUUCAACAGCAAGCCGCACAUCAACAUGCUGACCAUCCUGGCCGAGGAAAACCUCAACUUCGCCAAGGAUAUCGUCGCAAUUAUUGAAGCGCAAAUAAGCAAGGCCCCAUCUGCCGAGAAGCUUCCAGUUUUGUACUUAGUGGAUUCCAUAGUGAAGAAUGUUGGAGGAGAGUACCUUGCAGUGUUUGCUAAAAACCUAAUCACUUCAUUUAUAUGUGUCUUUGAAAAGGUGGAUGAAAACACAAGAAAGAGUCUGUUCAAGUUGCGAUCGACAUGGGACGACGUGUUUCCUCUGAAGAAACUUUAUGCGCUGGAUGUCCGGGUCAACUCUGUGGACCCGGCCUGGCCUAUCAAGCCGCUGCCGCCCACUGUCAAUGCCAGCAUUCAUGUCAACCCCAAGUUUUUGAAACAGUCUGAGGAGACGCCCUCUGUGCAGUCUGCCCCAGCUCAGCAGUCACCACCGUCACCACCAGCAGCUCCUGCUCCCGCUCCCGCUCCCCAGCCAGUUCCUGCUGUCAGCCAGUCAAGCCUGACCCAGGAGCAGCUGAUCCGACAGCAGCUGCUGGCCAAACAGAAACAGCUUCUGGAGCUUCAGCAGAAGAAGAUUGAGCUUGAGUUGGAGCAGACCAAAGCACAGCUGGCUGGUGGAUUUGUGGUACCGACUUCAGUCUCGACUCCAGGAGCACAGAGCACAGCGUCAAAGCCCACCAGCCAAACUGCUCCUGUGGUCCGACCCUGGAUCCCUCCUCAGACAGACACUAAGCCGCCCACUAGAGACCCCCGUUUGAACCGCACUGGACCCCCAGCUACCGCCCAGCCCAAAGAACAACCGGUUGGGAAAAAAGACGGCCACAACACAACAGGAAGUCCUGCUCUGACACCUGAGAAACCCACCCGGCCAGACAAGGUCAGGACUCCAAAGAAAGAAGUGUUGGAGGAGAAACCCAAGACCAAGUCUCAGUCUCCAAUGGCCAAAAUCAUCCAUAGUAAAAACAAACAGGCUGAGCCUGAGAUUCUGAAGUCAGCUGAUGGCACGAAGAAGGAUCCGAGGCUGCGGAAACGUACGCAGGACAAGAGUGGAGAGGCCAAAGACGAUGAGAUGAAGGAGAAGAAACGAUGUACCGACAAGAAGGAGAGAGAGGAGGCUGCCCGGGGUGGAGAUCCUCAGAGGUUCAACAAGGGGAAGCUGGUGAAUGGUUCCGUGCCCAAACACGACCGUGAGGACUCUACAGAGAAGAUCAAGACAGGAGGCAAUGCCAGGACACAUGCCAGGAAACGCACCCGCUCGCGCUCCAGGUCUCGCUCCCCCACUGCCUCCCCGAAGAGGAAGGACAGGCGGUCCCCCAAGAGCAGAGCCAGGAGCAGCUCCUUAUCCCCUUCGCCGUCUCACAAACCUGGUAAACCCAGGAGGAUCCGCGCAGAUGAAACUGAACAUGGCAAGCCUGGCCGAGAGGACCGGCUCGGGCCCAAGAAGAAUCAACCAGAAAGCAGAAGGUCAAAAAGGCCGGCGGAGGACCGACACUCAGAGUCCAGAGACUCUCAUUCUCCACGGAGCCACGAUGGCGGCAGCAAGGAUGUCAAGGAUGCUCCUCACCGAUGGAGGAGCGGCUGGGAGGAGAACAAACAUCCGAAGCCACCAGAGGAGACUCAUGUGAAGCCCGGACCUCAGAGGCACAAACAGUACAGCACACCGGCUCGGCCCACCACCCCCCGAACCCAGAAGCAUCGACUCAGCGUGGAUGCCAACCUGCAGAUACCUGAAGUCCUCAACUCAGCAUCCAAGAAGGACUUACUCAGAAGAGCCAGUAAACGUCUGGAGAGCGGGGAGAUUUCCGAGGAGGACUUCCUAAACAUGGCACACCAGAUCAAACACUUCUUCCAGUAUCAGGAGGAGAAGCAGCGCACUGACGGCUGGGACGAUUCUGUCGACUUCACUGCCAAGAAACUGCUGACCACACCGCCCUCGGCUCAGUCACAUCCCCAUGAGAGCAUGGAUGCGGCACAGCUUUCAUACUAUGAACACAAAUCCAAACUGAGGAAGACACAAGUCACCCGCAGAGCCACUGGAGAAGAGUGGGAGGGUGAGGAGAGUCCGGAGGAAGGUGAGGAAGCAGGAAAGGGUGAGAAGACGGGCAGUGGCCGCAGCGCCGGACACCCGCCAUCACAUAAAUACAGCCGGGCGCCACGGGACAGGCAAGAUGAAAGGCGAAGUAAAGAGCGUGAAGAGGCACGGCCUCCUCUUGGUCCUAUGAUUGAGGAGUACAACCACGGCAAAGAGUUCCCCACUCUAAAGGCUCUACCAGGGCUUCGCUUCAGGAGGAGAGCCGACCCUAGAGAGCCCAGUGAGAGAGAGUGGAACUCGCCACUGACGGAGCGGCAGCGUUUUGACGAACGUGAGGAGCAGAAGAAGAGCGGCUACGACGCUCCGCGGAGGUAUGGCCCACCUGCCGACCCCCGACACCCUGACCCUCGGAGGCCUGAGGGACCCCCACCCUCUGGCACUGUGGUCCACAGGAACUGUCCGAGUCCAGCCAGUCUGGAUGCGCCAGCCCCCAGGUUUGAACGUGAGCGCCUGUCGCCUCUACACCAAAAAGACUCAGCAGAGAUGAGCCCCGUCCCUCGCUUUGAGAGCCCCAACAGUGAGCACUCUGAUGAUGGGCCCCUCAAUGUAGAUCCCCCCGCUCCUCACCCUCCCCCAAAAUCCAUUCUUAAGGUGCCAUCCCGAGGUGGGCCGCUGACCUCUGUCAGACAGCACAGUGACUCCCCGGGACACACUCCUCCUCACGAUGGAGGACACCCCCCGUCCAGGUAUGAUGGGCCCGGACACAUAGGCCCCUCUAGACCACACCCUCCAGGGUGGUAUGAAGGCAGUGGUGCAGGCCGUUAUGAUGACUCAUCGCGGUUUGAACCUGGGAGGUUCAAUGGUGGCGGACCACCUCAUCACAACAUGCCAGAGAGGUUUGAUGGACCUCCCAUGUCUCAUGGCCCAAUGAGAGGUGGGGAUAAUAUUGGGCGGUUUGACGGCCCGCCUCACCCUCAGGUCCCUGUGAGGUUUGAUGGUCCCAUUGGUCAACAGCCACCAGUGAGGUUUGAAGGACCAGGACAUGGACCAGGUCAUUUUGAGGGCCCUAUGCAGCGGUUUGACAGACCACAGCGCUUUGAGAACAACAUGGCUCCUGGUCCUGGAUCUGGACCAAUGGGCUUCCAGCAGCAGCGGCCCAUGCGUUUCGAUGGCCCUCCAAACCAGAUGGGCCCGAUGAGGUUUGAUGGCCCCGGUCCCAUUCGGUUUGAGGGGCCUGUUCAGCCAGGACCCAGGUUUGACAUACCUAACGUGCCUCACCAGGGUGGGCCCCCUCUCUACGAGUGUUCCCCUGGCCAACAGGGGCCCCUGAGGUUUGCUCCCCAACACAACCUUCAGCCCCCCAUGAGGCCGAUGGGCCCGCCCAUCUAUGAAAACCCCAUUGCACCUCAGCAGAACUUUAACAUGGCCCCCCAGCGCUUCCCAGAACCCAUGAACCCUCAGUUCCCCGCUGGGCCAAUGGUGUUCCCUGCUCAGCAGAACCUGCAGCCAGCAGGAAAUUUCAACAUGCAGCCAGCACCGCCAUUCAGCCAGCCGGGCCCCGCCCCAUUCUACAACCCCGCUGCCCCUGCUGUGGGCAUGCAGCCGCCGGUUAACAUCUUGGGAAACCUCAGCCAGCCCUUCCUGCCUCAGAACCCAGUGCCUUUUGGACAGCAGACUCCACAGGUUGCCACCGCAGAGAACCACUUCGGUCAGGUUGACGUCAAUGACCUGCUGUCCAAACUCAUCUCCAACGGCAUCAUCAAACCCUCGCAGCCCGACGCCGUGCCUGCCACCAGCACCGAACCUACUUCUACGCCUCCCAUAGCUGCCCCUGUGGUGGUGGUGGAGGAGGAGGAAGAGGAAGUGGAGGAGGUGGUGGAGGAUGAUGAUGAUGAUAUCCCAGACCUCACCAGCUUCACUGUCGAUGACAUGAAACAACGUUAUGAAAGUGUGGUGACCAAGCUGUACUCAGGGAACCAGUGCUGCCUGUGCAGCAUGAGAUUCACCGCCGCUCAGACCGACAUGUACGCCGACCACCUGGACUGGCACUUCAGACAGAACCACGCUGGCAAGGUCGCCAGCAAGAAGAUCACUCAUCGCCGCUGGUACUACGGCCUAACGGACUGGAUAGAGUUUGAGGAGAUCGCCGACCUUGAGGAGCGAGCGAAGAGUCAGUUCUUUGAAAAGGAGAAUGAAGAAGAGGAGAAGAAGAAGAGCCAGGCGGCCGCGAAGGAGAAGGAGUUCCAGAGUGUGAAAGCCACCAAGGACCAAGUGGGAGAGUCGUGUGAAAUCUGUCAGGAGACAUUUGAGACAUACUGGGUGGAGGAGGAGGAGGACUGGUUCCUGAAGGAUGCCAUCAGGGUCGACGACAAGAACUUCCAUCCCGCCUGUUUUGAGGAUUAUAGAAAUUCAUCGUACCUCGACGUCACGCCAUCUCCCAACAAGGUGCUUACUGAUCACCCGCUGAGCGGCUUCAUAAAGAGUGAAGAAGAAGAGGAGGGCACUUCCUCAUGUGCUGUUGCUGCUGCCGCUGCUGUUGCUGCUGCCUCCACCUCAGUCAAACAGGAAAUGGAUACUGAGGCGAGCGAGCUUCCUGAUGUGAAAAAAGAGGAGGAAGAGGAGGUUUUAACAGAAGAAGUGCAAUGUGAGGAAAACAAACAGUAACACAGUGCUGCUCUCAGCUUCACUUUUUCUUUGUUUUUUUAAAGGAAAAAGUGUUUUUAGCGUGCGGAGGCAGGGUCCUCCUCACCUACAAUAACUUCAAUACAUUUUUGUAUUUGGAUUCUGCACGACCAUUUCAGGUCUGAAACUGUUUAUUAUUAAAAGAAAUGCUUUGUUUCCUUUGGCUCAGAGAUGUAAAUGAUUUAAUUUAUAAAUUAAAGUAUUUUUUGGUAUCUCUGGUGUAACAGUGAUUGAAUCUAACAGCUGCUGUUUGCUGCCUGUUACAGUCUGUAAAUAGUUGAAUUGAUUGACGGGUAGUUGCAGGUGUUGAAUUGUUUCUGGCUGCGUUAAAGGUAAGCAUCGUCUGAUUGGACGACUGAAGACUCCACCUGCUCUUCAGGAAUCAUUUCUCCGGAGGAUCGAAGUCGUCUAUUUCUUUUUGCUUUUCUUUGGUCUUCAAUAAAAAAAGAGUCUGAAACUU